AUGGCCUCAGAGAAGAAGCUCUCAAAUCCGAUGAGGGAGAUCAAGGUUCAGAAGCUCGUACUCAACAUCUCCGUCGGAGAAAGCGGUGACCGUCUGACCAGAGCUGCCAAGGUGUUGGAGCAACUCAGUGGGCAAACACCCGUUUUCUCCAAAGCGAGGUACACUGUAAGGUCGUUUGGAAUCAGGAGAAACGAGAAGAUUGCUUGCUAUGUCACUGUUAGAGGUGACAAGGCAAUGCAACUCCUUGAAAGCGGCUUGAAGGUGAAGGAAUACGAGUUGCUGCGAAGAAACUUUAGUGAUACUGGAUGCUUUGGUUUCGGCAUUCAGGAGCACAUUGAUCUCGGCAUAAAGUACGACCCGUCAACCGGUAUCUACGGUAUGGAUUUCUAUGUUGUCUUAGAGAGGCCCGGUUAUCGUGUGGGCCGUCGACGUAGGUGCAAGUCGCGAGUCGGGAUCCAGCACAGGGUUACAAAGGAGGAUGCCAUGAAGUGGUUCCAGGUGAAAUACGAAGGUGUCAUUCUUAACAAGGCAUCCAAUAUUGGAGCUUAG